GAUUGAAACAAAUCACAGGCUGUAGAGGGCGUCACCAAGUGCCUUGAGACGUAACCCGUGACGUCAGCAGGCCCGCACGCAGCCCUUACCGGUAGAAAGAAGAUGGUGCUCAUCAAGGAAUAUCGGGUGGUUUUACCCUGCUCGGUGGAAGAAUAUCAAGUGGGCCAGCUGUUUUCUGUGGCUGAAGCCAGUAAGAAUGAGACGGGCGGUGGUGAGGGCAUCGAAGUGCUGAAGAACGAACCGUAUGAGAAAGAUGGCGAAAAGGGACAAUACACGCACAAAAUCUACCACUUAAAGAGUAAAGUUCCAGGUUUUGUGAAGAUGAUCGCACCAGAGGGGGCUUUAGUUUUCCAUGAAAAAGCCUGGAAUGCUUAUCCAUACUGCCGUACUAUUGUCACUAACGAGUACAUGAAAGAUGACUUUAUGAUUAAAAUCGAAACAUGGCACAAACCUGACUUGGGCUCAUUAGAGAACGUACACGAGCUGGAUCCCACCACCUGGAAAACUGUGGAGGUUGUGCACAUUGAUAUAGCCGAUCGCUCUCAAGUUGAACCUGGAGACUAUAAACAGAAUGAAGACCCUGCCAUCUUUCAUUCAGAGAAAACAGGCAGAGGACCUUUAGGACCAGACUGGAAGAAAGAGCUGUUGGCUAAACCAGACUCCCCUCGUAUGUGUGCGUACAAACUAGUCACCGUCAAGUUUAAGUGGUGGGGCCUUCAAACCAAAGUAGAAAACUUCAUCCACAAGCAAGAAAAAAGAAUCUUCACCAACUUCCACCGUCAGCUCUUCUGUUGGAUUGAUAACUGGGUGGAGCUCACCAUGGAGGACAUCCGCCGGAUGGAGGAGAAGACACAGAGGGAGCUGGAGGAGAUGCGUCAGAAGGGCAACGUACGAGGAACGACCGCAGCUGAGGAGUAGCCCAAACCUUUUAGUAACACGUGACAGGUGGAGUGACUUUCUUCGUAAUACCGGUCAGGUUCGAGGCACCAGCGCUGCUCACGAACAAUAAGACAAAACUAAAGAAUCCAACCACAACGACGCUUGACGAGACAUCACCGCAUCCAAACAUCCCGGCCAAUGGGGGCGCUGUCCUCCACCAGACUGAAGAAUGACACAAUGAUCGGUAGUACCGAACGACACGCCUGCUUCAGGGCGGACACAGUUUACGCUGGACGAGAUUUCGCCUGUUUUUUGAACCGUAGAGAAUCUCAGGCAGGUUUAUUACACUGACUAUUACCAAUUUGUAAGGUUUUAGAAAAUCAAAGUAUUGCUGUAUGAUUGUGUUAUUCUGUUUCAGAAAAAAAAUCAUAAUUUGGCAGGCAUUGGACCAAUUACUUUUUGUUGUUGUUGUUGUUUUUGUUGUUGUUGUUUGUUAUAUCAGUUUAGAUUUUUUUUGUAUCAUGAUCUAUUCUGUCCAAUCUUUCUCCCCAGAUAAAAGCACUUCUGUACGUUUAAUUUUUACAUUUGCAUUCGUUGUAUCCGCACAGUCCUGCCUGUCAUAUCUUGUUUUUCUAGAUGUUAUGCUAUUGCACGCUUGGAAAUACAGGGGCUUUGCAUGAGCUCAGGCAUGUUAGUGGCUGUUUUCGAGAAGGCCUCCACGUUCUCGGACAGACCCCUUCAUAUGACAAAAAGCUCUCAGGACUCUUCAGAUGAACGUGGUUAACCUCCAGACUAAUUACCAGAGCCAUUGCUGCUUUUCUAGAGCUGCUUUAAAACAGGUGAAGUGCUUUCAUAUCGCUUAUCUACCUGUAACGCUCCCAGGGUUCCCACGCUUACGGAAAACCUGGAAAUAUCAGGGAAAGCUGUGAUUUCCAGACCCGAACAUCAUGGCGAAUAUAAAUAAUUUUAGCUCUGAAAUAGUUCGCUGCUUAUUGUGAGUGCAACCUCUUGAAAAUAGGUUUUGAAGAUCUUUAUCCAGUAAUCGUGUAUGUCUGGAAUGUCAUGGAGAUUCGGAAAGGUGUGGGAUCCACCUGAAUGUGUGCAUAGAUUCUCGUUCUCCUGUCAACCUAGAACGAACUUUUAAAAAUGCAUUAAAUGACACUUGAUCUUUAUCGAGUCGAGCGAGGAUCUAAUUUUCACGGUAGAUAAAGGGUUUGGGUCUUUCUGGCCUCUUCAUUUCUCACAGACCUGCACCAGCUCAGAUCAGCAAAAAAAGAGCAUUCGAUGUUUGCGUUAGUCCCUUCCUGAUGCUGAACACGAUGUUCAGGGCUGUUUUAUCUUCAUUCAGAUUUGUCUGUCAUAAUAAAAGGACUUUAAGCUUUUAAAGUGCACCACAUGUACAGUUCUUUGUCCUAGUUUUUUCUAGUUGCAAACCGAGAGCACUGGCAAAAUGUAAUUUGAUUUCAUUUUUAUCAUGGCCAGUGUGUUUGUAAUUAUUUUAAUGGUCUAGGUUUCUUUGGGCGACUGGAGUUUGCACCGUUGGAGUCAAACUUGUGCCUGAUGUCUGUUCUUAUUAUUAGCAAAAUCUCUGAGUGAUUCCUAUAGUGCACAUUUGAGAUAGAUUUAAGUAUGGAUUGGGGCUCGAGACUUCCUCCUCACUUUUUUUUUAUAGACUUUUAACACAUUUCCCCGUAUUAUAAGGUCCACAAAUGUUCACGUAGUCCUUCAGCACGUCACGAUUUGACGGCAUGCUAGCUAAGAAGUCUAUUAAUUUAUUCACAUUUAGGCUUUUUCAUUAACAGACUAUUUCUCGUGUACCAAACGCGUCUGUUUUCUGUCUCCUCAGAGUCGUGGGUCUUCUGAUGGCGUUCUGUUAGCAGGAAGUCAGAAUGUUUUCAAUCAUAAUUGAACAAUCAGUGCACUGAUGUCUGUGUUUACUUACAUACGUGUACAAAAUACUGUCUUGAAUUUCAGGAUGUGUGGUUUACAUUUGUAUGCAUACGUGACUUUUAGGAUAGCAGGUCAUGUGGGUGGGCAAGGUUUCAGAUGCAAUGAAUGAAUCAAUGUAGAGAAUUUACUGUUUUUCUUGGGAAUUACACAAUACUGUUUGUUUUUCUGAUCGUCGAAAAUCAGGGGAAAUAGUGAAUGUACAACGGUGUGAUUUUUGCAGCUUUUGAAUUAUAAAAAUUAACAGUAUAUCUAAUAAAUUUUGACACCUGUCUUA